CUAUUGGACUCUAAUUCGCAAAACUUCAUUCAUCACCUUCGUCUUGCACUUACAUUAGCUCACUUAUCAUUAGUUUCGAUUGGUAUGAUCAAUUUGCUUGUAAUUAUACUAAUAGUCAUUAAACCAUAUAUGAGAUCAAUCACUAAUGUAUAUAUGGUUGGCCUUUGUUCAGCUGAUUUUAUUUAUCUUAUCAAUUUAACACUUGUUGCUGCCGCUCAACUCAAUAAUCGGUCGUGGGUUUUUGGUUCUACAGUGUGCACACUUUAUCAUGGUACCGAGUCAACAGGUAAAUAUGCAAGUGUAAUGUUUGUUGUACUAUUAGCAGCGGAUCGAUAUUGCGCGAUGUGCCGUACCGAUUUUUGUCCUCGUUAUCGCAACUAUUAUACCGCUUUUGUAGCUAGUCUAUGUGCAUGGAUUAUUGCAUUUUGUGGAGCAGCACCACUUUAUAUAUAUUCUGAGGUUGUAGUUAUCCAUAUGCAGAUUGGUAAAAUGCAUCGGCUAUGCAUAGCAAAGUGGCCAUCAUCAUCAAGUGCAAUAUGGUACAUAGCCUUCUCAUCCAUAAUCAUUUUUAUUUUACCGCUCUUCUUUAUAAUGUUUUUCUACUAUCAUAUUUUGAAAAAGUUGCGAGAAGCAGUAAUAAGUAGUAAACGAAUGCAGCGUCAUUCGAGUUCACGUGCUCCUUACCAUCGCGUUACUCGACUCGUUUUAUGGAUCGUUGUUUUUCAUGUUAUAUGUUGGUCACCUUUUUGGUUGUUUAAUACGGUUAGUUCGAUCUUCCAGUUGCGCAUACAAACACAGUUUAUGCGUAUUAUCGUUAAUAUCAUUCAUCUUUUUCCAUAUGUUAAUUGUGCACUCAAUCCAAUUCUUUAUGCGACAAAUGCGGAAAAUUUUCGUCGUGCCUUUCGUUCACUUUUUGCACAAAAAUUGCAUUGGAAGAGUGGUCAAGCACGACCUCAAUUAAACCAUAUGCGGGAACAAAAAAUGUUAUUUUUCUCUUCUUUUGUGCUUCGUGCUUAA